AUGGUCUCGCCCAACACUGCUAGGAAAGGCAUCCAAUGGUCUAAGAUUAUGCCUGUUGAAGUGUACCCCAUCGUCGCUGUCUCGGUCCUGGCCGUCGGCGGUGCUACGUGGUACCUUACGCGUCUCGCACGCUCGCCUGAUGUGAUUUGGGACAAGAAGAACAACCCUACUCCCUGGAACAACGUGGAGCCGGGCACUCAAUAUAAGCUGUUGAACAUUACGGGCGAGUUUGACAAGAAGUACAAGCGCGACCGUCUUUGA